AUGGCCAUGGAAGCUCCACAGGAGGAACUUGCGUAUGUCGCAAUAGUCAGCCCGCCGGGAUCGGGCAAACCGGAUGCCGUGGGCGUUAUGGAUGUCUCACCGGAUUCUGACACAUACGCAGAACUCGUAGGACGGCUAGACUUACCUAACGUGGGUGAUGAACUGCAUCAUUUCGGCUGGAACGCUUGCAGUGCCUCACUCUGCCCGAACAUGCCGCAUCCGCAUGUGGAGCGACGCUACUUGCUCUUCUGCGGGCUGCGCUCCUCGCGUAUCUACGUCAUCGACACGAAGCCGGAUCCUCGCAAUCCGACCGUCAAGAGGAUAAUCGAGGCCGACGAGCUUGCCGAAAAGACGGGCUACAGCCGCCCGCACACGGUGCAUUGUGGGCCGGACGCCAUAUACAUUAAUGCACUUGGUACGCCGGACGGCGGCGGACCGGGUGGCGUAUUCAUGCUUGACCAUGAGACCUUUGAUCCGAAGGGCGCUUGGGAAGCUGAUCGCGGUGAGCAGCACCUGUCGUAUGACUUCGUCUGGCAUCUGCUUCAUGACACGAUGAUCACCAGCGAAUGGGGCACGCCGGACAUGGUGGAGUCGGGCGUCGUUCCCGAACUGCUGCUUGGUAGGAAAUACGGUCACCAGCUCCAUGUUUGGGAUGUCAAUUCGCGCAAGCUGAAGCAGACUAUGGACAUUGGUGACGACAACCAGAUGGUGCUUGAACUGCGCCAGGCGCGCGAUCCGCGCAAGACUUACGGCUUUGCGGGUGUGGUUACCAAUGUGGAGAACCUUUCCGGUUCCGUAUGGCUGUGGUACCAGGACGGUGACGACUGGAAGGCGCAGAAGGUCAUCGAGAUUCCGGCAGAGCCCGCGGAUGCGGAAGACCUGCCGCCACUCCUUCAGGGUUUCGGCGCGGUGCCGCCAGUGGUUACCGACAUUAACUUGUCGCUCGAUGACAAGUUUCUCUAUAUAUCCUGCUGGGGAACGGGCGAGUUCCGGCAGUACGACGUGUCCGACCCGUUCAACCCGGUGCUCGUUGACACGGUGCAGAUCGGCGGUAUUAUCCGCAAGGCGGCGCAUCCCAAGUCUGGCGAACUCAACGGCGGCCCCAGAUGGUCGAGGUCAGCCGCGACGUUCUACCCCGAAGGCGUAAAGGGCUGGGCGAUCAAGGUGAACGCAUCUCCGGAGGGCGGCAUGUCGCUGGAUGAAGACUUCUUCAUGGACUUCGGCGACGAGCGUGUGCACCAGAUAAGACUUCAGGGCGGAGAUUCGUCCUCAGAUACUUUCUGCUACCCCAAUUAG